AUGCGUCCUCUACCCUCGGCCGCCGCCGUUGUUAUCGACAGCGGCAGCAGAACAAGGCGACAACGACGACGUCGCCGCCGCCCGCCGCCGCCCGCCGCGCCGACCGCGUGCGGACCGGCAUCCGCGCUAGCGACGUGCCUCUUGGCGCUGAUCGUCAACACCGCGGGGGAAUCUUCCGCCCUGGCGACCGCGUUUCUCGCUGCCGGCGGCGGCAGCGGCAGCGGCAGCGGCAGCCGGUCCCCCGCUUGUUUCCUUCACGCCGCGGCGGCAGGCGGAGCUAGGGAUAGGGACGGCGGCGGGAGCGGCAGGCGGAGGUCGGCCUCCGGGGCGGGGUUGCUUGGGGCGACGGCAACGCAAAGACGUGGCGACGACAGCCGCUUUGCUUGUGCUGGUCACCGGUCUCGGCUAGCCGCCGCCGCCGACGCGUGGGGUCGUCAGAGCGAGGGGGAAGUCCUCCCGGCAAGAGCGGGUAGAGGUGUUGCCGCGGCUGCGCACGGGCGGGGCUCCCGCUGGGAACAGGGCGGCAAGGUGAGGGCAGCAUCAGGAGGAGGAAGUCUAUUCAUGUUGAAGGCCGGCGGCGGCGGCGGCAUCAAGGCCGCACGUAAGAUGGAAGCGGCUGCUACUGCCUCCGUUGGCGACGCAAGGGAAGCGUUGGGCGCGACGGCGGCGCCGGCGCCGGCGGAUCUGCAAGACCUCGCCAAGCUGAAGCUCGCGGAGCUGAAGGUGCUGUACCGCCAGAGCGGGGGGAAGCCGGGUAGCCUCAGGAAGGCGGAGCUAGUGCAACGGCUUAGCGAGUCUCGGCAGAUAGAUGCAGUCACCGGCAGCCCCGGCACCCUUGUGCUUGAAGAGACGGCUCCCGCGGCAGUAUUGGCGGCGGCGCCGGAGCAUCCCUCCCCCACCGUGCUCGAGUCUUCGCCCAACGGCGGAGCGGCGGCGGCGGCGGUGGCGGGUAGGGGAGGGGGAGCAGAUACGAGUGUUUCGAGUAGUCUGUUCAGCGUGCUGAGCGGGAGCGGUGCCGUAGCCGACCCAGCACCACCCGUGCCGGAGUCACUGCCGAAAGCUGGAACAGAGAACGCGGCGGCGGUGGCGACGCCGCUGGCUGGGACGGGGGGAGCAGACAGCAGCGCUGCGGGCAGUCUGUUCAGCGUGUUGAGCGGGAGCGGCGCUGGGGCCGAAGCCGACAACCCAACUGGCCGAGCUCCUCACGAAAGCGGUCCCGUUGUCCCCGCCACCGCCACGGAGUGGUCGCACGAGUCCCCGCCGGCGGCCGUCGACGUCCUGUCCAGCGGGCCGUCGGCCGUGGUUGCCGCUGCGCGUGCUCGGGGAGCGGCGGCGGCGGCGGAGUCCUCGCGGCUCGCGGCCGGCGGACGCAUGAGGGCGAGGGCGGAGGCCCAGCGCCACACCGAGGCGAUGCGGACGAGAGCGGCGGCAGCGGCAGCGUUAACGUCGUCGUCGAUCAACAGCAACGGCUUGUCGUCGCAGCAGCAGCAGCAGCCGGCCGCGGGAGGAGGAUACUACCCCCGGGACGGCGGCGACCACGUGGAAACAACGAGGGCGACGACAAACGGGGCACGGGGGGUGGGGGGGUUAAGAGGUGGAAACCACCACAACGGGAUCACGGCGCCGGGCGCGGCGGCGGUGGCGGCGGUGGCGGCGGCGGAAGCCAAGGUGGCUCCGGGCAGCAGCAGCAGCAGCAGCAGCAGCAGCAGCGGCAUCUCUCGAGACCGCUUUGGGAGCGGCGGCGGCGGCGGCGGCGGCGGCGAGGGCGGCGGCGGCAAGCCGCCCCCGCCCGGGGGUUGGCACAGAGCUCCGAUAAGAGGAGGGGGCCGGGGGCGCGGGAACGGGGGGGGCCAAGGCGGCGGCGGCGGCGGGGCCUACAGUGUUAUCGUGGAUUCGCCCGUGGCGCGCAGGUCCGGCCAGAGGCAGCGGCGGCUGCCGGCGGUGCCUAACCCCUGGUCCAGGGGCGGAGUGGGGGGAGACGCGGAGGGGAUGCCGGAGGAAGGAGAUGUGGUGGAGGCUUUCCUGGCGAGCACGAUGAUGGAGCCUUCAGACGAGAGGGAGGCUUCCGGCGACCCCUUGUUCGACAGGGAGAGCCGUUUCGGAGUGCUCCCGGCCGGCGCGCCCAUGCAGCUGACCUUCCUCGGCACGGCUUCCUGCAUCCCGUCCACGUCGCGGGGGGUCUCCUGCACCGUGCUCAGGAACGAGGGGGACCUGUGGCUAUUCGACGUCGGAGAGGGGACGCAGAUUCAGAUCCAGAAGAGCAGCCUGAAACCCACGAGGAUCACCAAGAUCUUCAUCACGCACGCCCACGGAGACCACAGCUUCGGCCUUCCCGGCCUGCUGUGCCUCAUGGGAACGAACUUCGAUCGGGCAGAUGGAAGACGGGUUGAAAUAUAUGGCCCGACGGGACUACGCGCGUACCUCCGAGCAGCGGUGCAGUUCACGUACUCGAAGGCCGUCGUUCCCUACGUGGUGCACGAACUGACGGACGUUCCCUACCUGCACGGUGACCACUUCAGCGAGCCGGAGCCUAUCCACGUCAACAUUGCGCGGGACGUCAGGUAUGGCGAGCAGCACGGAGGGCGGAAUUUCUUCCCUGACAAGAACGGGCACUACGAGUUGUUCCAGGACGACAAGCUGACGGUGCGAGCGGCGCCCAUGAAACACGGCGUGCCUUGCGUUGGGUACACGGUCGAAGAGGCCGACCGCCCCGGGAGGUUGAAAGUCGAAGAGCUUAACCCCAUCCUGGAGGAGCACAAGGAAGCGAUCUGUAACACCACCGGCCGGAGGGACGUUGGCUGGAUGCUAGGCUGGAUUAAGUCUACGAAGCGCGGUGAGACCAUCACGCUUCCCGGAACGGAUGUCACCCUUGACAGCGCGGACUACGUCGGCGCUUCCGUCAAGGGUCGCAAGGUGGUGAUCCUUGGCGACACGUGCGAUGCGGCGAGCAUCGUACCUCUUGCCAUGGGGGCCGACGUUGUGGUCCACGAGGCCACCAACACCAUGCUACCCCCGCUUGACCAGGGCAAGACCUAUGCCGACGUCGAGGCCGAAGCCAUCAAGCACGGCCACAGCACGCCUAUGAUGGCGGCCGCCUUCGCGCAGAGGGUCGGGGCCAAGACGCUCAUCCUCAACCACUUCUCGGCGCGCUACAGGGGCGACCCGUCCGACGCGAGCGUGGCGGCGAUGCUGAGGAUCGAGCGCCAGGCGGCGAGGGCCGGGGGCUUGGAACGACACCAGGUGGUCGCGUCGUGGGACCUUCUGGAGAUGCCCGUGGUGGACGCGGACCAGUGGGAAGCGAACCGGGCGACCGCCAGAGAGGCCGACGCGGCCUUCGACGGCGAGCUGCUUCGACGAGCGCGGCAAUGGCAACAACAGCAGCAGCUGCAGGAAGAGGUGGAGGGCGCGGGGGGAAGGUCACCGUCCGUCUCAGGCACGGCAACGACCUCCUCACCGGCGCUAUCGUACGAGCACGAACACUCGCGAGACUUUCUGCCCGACGCUGCCGCUAGCGGAGGCGGGGCAGCAUCGCCACGGGGGUUCGUGACGGCGACAUCCGACCCUUCGAACGGGGAUGGUGGUUGCGGUGGUAGGUCGUCCAUGAUGCCGGGGGGCCACGCGGGGGAGACUGCUAUCAAAGGGGGCUCCGCGGCAUCCGGGCCUGGGGAUGAUGGGUCCAUAUCGCGUGGCCACGGGGAGAGUGCGACGGUCGACGGUUCUGGCGCUGCUCCUGCGAAAACGGGCUUGGUUGGGAUAAUGUUUGAUGCCGUGGCAUGAUAGGGCCGGUCGUGGGAACUGCUGUGCAAGUGGUUUUUUAGCACUUCUCUCUCGGCGGGGUGUUUACGAGUAAGUGCACUUGCGCCCGUGAUUUUUUUUUUGUGUCGUUAGGUGACUGAUCAUACGGUUCAAUUUUUUAUUUUUUUUGUCACACCGUUAGAAGUAGCGGUAGUCGUGGGGGAGGUUUCGUGUGUUUGUCGUAAGAUAAGGGGGUAGCGCAUUGCUUUGUGGGUAUCACAUUUUGCGAGGUCCAAAAGUGCUCACACGGUGAGAAUAACGAAAACAAUCGCUCCGAGCGU